AUGGUAGCUUCCUUUUACCUAGACGGCGCUGCAUUAAGCUGGUUUCAGUGGAUGUUCCGAAAUGGAUUCAUCACUUUAUGGCCAGCCCUUCUCCAAGCCACUGAAUCUCGUUUUGCUCCCUCGAUCUACGACGACCCCCGUGGAGCCUUAUUCAAGCUCACUCAACGAGGCACCGUCACAGAGUACCUAACGGAAUUUGAGAAACUCGCGAAUCGCAUCACAAGCCUGUCCCCAUCAGUCCUUCUCAGUUGUUUCAUCUCCGGCCUCAGCCAAGAGAUACGCCGGGAGGUACAGGCUUUUCAACCCGCCUCCCUUCCAAAAGCCACAGCUCUUGCUCGUUUACAGGAAGAUAAAAUUAAUGACCUCCGUAAACACACCCGUACCCCCUUUAUCCACCCAUCACCAAACACUACCUCCUUUAACCCUCACUCAACACAACCACCUCGACCAAAAGCCCCGUUUGUCCAGAGAACCCAAGAAGACAUGGCAUAUAGACGCGAGAAGGGGCUCUGUUAUAAUUGUGAUGAAAAAUGGAGCUCCUCCCAUCGUUGUAAAGGGCGAGUUCUCUUCUUCAUUGCUAACUCCGACGAGCCUUCAUCACCAGAGUCAAGCCCUUCAGAACCUUUGUCUCCUUCAAAGACUGAACAUGACCAAACAAUGCUCGAAGUUACCCAGCCUUUCGACCCCGCCUCACUGCAACCCCAUAUCAGUCUCCACGCCAUGGCCGGUGUACCCGCCACAGACACCUUCAGAUUGUACGGCCUCAUCAACAACACUCGUGUCACCAUUUUAGUAGAUAGCGGCAGCACUCAUAACUUCGUUCAACCUUGGGUUGCGAAGUUCCUCAAUCUUCCCUUGCAAGAUACAGUGCCUCUCAGGGUCAUGGUAGGCAACGGUUCGAUGUUGGAUUGCCAGCAGAUGAUCCCUGAAACCACGAUACUCAUCCAGGAUCACAGCUUCGUGGUCACGUUGCCCGUUUUGCCGUUAAGCGGAGCCGACGACGUUUUUGGAGUAGAAUGGCUGAGAACAUUGGGCCCGGUCAUUAUUGACUACGCCGAUUUUACUAUGAAGUUCACCCUUUUUGGAAGGCCCAUCCAUCUUCGUGCAGAUGUGCAAGUUGACACCAACCCAGUUUCGGCCCAUCAGACUGAGAUAGAAAAACAAGUAUCAGCGCUUCUCGAUUCCGGUUUGAUCCAACCUAGCAGAAGCCCAUUUUCUUCCCCAGUAUUACUGGUAAAGAAGAAGGACAGUACAUGGCAUAUGUGCGUGGAUUACAGGGCUUUAAACUCCAUCACGGUCCGCGAUAGAUUUCAAUUACCAACUAUCGAAGAGCUCUUGGACGAAUUGGGCCAUGCUUUGUGGUUUUCGAAGCUAGACUUAAGACAGGGCUUCCAUCAAAUUUUAAUGGCGGAGAUUGAUGUACCGAAGACAGCUUUUUGGACUCAUCAGGGCCACUAUGAGUAUAGGGUCAUGCCCUUCGGGUUGUGCAACGCCCCAUCGACAUUUCAGGCAGCCAUGAAUGCCUUACUCCGUCCGUUCUUAAGGAAGUUCACGGCGGUGUUCUUCGACGACAUACUUGUCUACAACGCCUCCCUUCAGGACCAUCUACACCACUUGGAAUGCGUUUUCAACUCCCUGUCCCAGGCCCAGUACUUCCUUAAGCGUUCCAAAUGCUUGUUUGGGCAGCGUCAGCUUGAUUAUCUAGGUCAUGUGGUCUCCGGCGAAGGUGUGCAACUAGAUCCUUCCAAAGUACAGGCCAUACUCGAUUGGCCCCAACCUAGCUCCCCGAGAGACCUUCGUGCAUUCCUGGGUCUCACUGGAUUCUACCGGAAGUUUGUGAAGUGA